CAUCCAUGAACAUGCUCACGUUCCGAGGUCUGCAGGCAUGAGGCUCAGUGCGUAUCACAGUAUCUUUAGGACCCAGCGUGUCUCCUCCUCAGCCUCUGUAGAUGUCGUGUGGACAUGAGGGAGACUGAGAUGUGCUUCUUACUUAUCACGAUCCACAUCGAGCUUCUGCACCAGCUGAGGAGGAUGCUGAACAGGACGAUUUGAAGACAGGAUCCGCUCCCUCAUCUGCUCGUUUUCAUUUUUUUUUUCAGAGUUAGCAUUUCAAUUUCCCACCCUCCAUCACAUUGUUGUUAUUUUUUACUAUACGAUUUUGGGAGACAGUGAUAACCAAUGCAUUUCAGGUGCAUCCCUGCUGCUGGCUGAGACUAUGAUUUAUCAAUGCUCGCAGCUUUGGUCACAGGAUCAGUCAGUCUCUUCCCAACAGGAGCGAGCGGUGAAUUACCCUUAACUUUCUUGUGUCUUCGACGAUUCUUUCUGCACUUGAGGUGUUGAAGCAGCCAUGUGGAGCAGAAGGAACGCGUCUCUACUUCUCAUCUCCCUACUGGCGCUCACAGCUCUCUGGAAAAUCAGAUCUGUGAAUGCUGAUCCCUCAUCUGAUGCCUUUAAAACCAACAUCACCCUGUUCACACGGAUCCUGGACAGACUGCUAGAUGGAUAUGACAACCGCUUGCGGCCUGGUCUUGGAGACAGGGUAACAGAGGUGAAGACAAACAUCUACGUCACCAGCUUUGGACCAGUUUCAGACACAGACAUGGAGUACACCAUCGAUGUUUUUUUCCGCCAAAGCUGGCGGGAUGAGAGGUUGAAAUUUCAUGGGCCAAUGAACAUUUUGCCCCUCAACAACCUGAUGGCGAGUAAAAUCUGGACUCCAGACACCUUCUUCCACAAUGGGAAGAAGUCCGUGGCUCAUAACAUGACCAUGCCCAAUAAACUGUUGAGGAUCAAAGAUGAUGGGACACUGCUAUAUACCAUGAGGUUAACUGUGCAUGCAGAGUGCCCAAUGCAUCUGGAGGAUUUCCCCAUGGACUUUCAUUCCUGUCCACUAAAAUUUGGCAGCUAUGCCUACACAAUCACAGAAGUGACUUAUUCUUGGACUCGAAAUGCCUCUGAAUCUGUGGUAGUGGAAGGAGAAAGCUCCCGUUUGAAUCAAUACGACCUGCUUGGACAAACGGUCGGACAAGAAACUAUCAGGUCAAGUACAGGUGUAUACACAGUGAUGACAGCUCAUUUCCAUCUGAAGAGAAAGAUUGGCUACUUCGUAAUCCAGACGUACCUUCCAUGCAUCAUGACAGUCAUUCUUUCCCAAGUGUCUUUCUGGUUGAAUAGAGAAUCGGUGCCAGCUAGGACUGUGUUUGGUGUAACCACUGUUCUCACAAUGACAACACUGAGCAUAAGUGCGAGAAACUCCCUUCCCAAAGUUGCCUACGCCACUGCCAUGGACUGGUUCAUUGCUGUCUGCUACGCCUUUGUCUUCUCCGCUCUGAUCGAGUUUGCCACUGUCAAUUACUUCACAAAGCGCGGUUGGGCUUGGGAUGGAAAGAGCGUUGUGAAGGACAAGAAGAAAGAGAAGGCAUCUGUCGUCAAGAAAAAUAAUGCCUACGCUGUAGCAGUAGCCAACUACGCGCCUAAUAUCGCCAAGGACUCCAGCACACUUCCAACCAUCGCCAAAGGCGGAGCUGCGGACCCCAACAAGGCCAAAGCAGACAGCAAAGCCCAAGAAAGCAAGAAGACAUUCAACAGCGUUAGCAAAAUUGACAGGAUGUCAAGGAUUUUGUUUCCUGUUCUCUUUGGCACCUUCAACCUUGUCUACUGGGCCACCUACUUAAACAGAGAACCUGUAAUAAAGGACAUGGUCCCGUCUUACUAGAGACCACUUUUAAUGGGUUCUGAUCUGGGGUCUGAGAAAUGAACCAAAUACCUCCAGCAACUGUGUACACAUACUUUUGCAGAGUGAAGUCUUGGAUUGCAGUGUGUGAUCCUGUCGCCACCUGUUUUCUACUUCUCCUGCAGCAUUUUUGAGAAGCCUGGCUUUUGUAAAUGUGUAUGUAUAUUUAUAUUCAUGGUUUCAUGGUGGCAUAUUGUGUGAUUACUUUGAUUAAAGUGCAUAUUUCCUUACAAGUAUGUUUCCUCUUACAAUAUGUGGCCACUGUACAUAUAAAUCAAUUGAAGAUUACUUCUAAAUGUGUUGAAUUUUGCUGUUAGUGCCCACUCUCUUGGUAUUACAGUAUAUUUUUAUUUUGAGUGAAAGCGACUGAUUAUUUCAUAUAUCUCUCUGUGCCCCGAGUGGCCUGACUUUUUUUUUUCUGUCUAAGCCGAUGCAAAAACACACUUGUAUAAUACUGUUACAGUGUAAAAGUUGUUUUAUUAACUGUGACUACAGAUACGGGGCUGGGAUCAUUGCUGACCUCCAGAAUUAUUGAAGCUCUCUGAGCCAAAAACACUAUAAAAUAAGUGGCAGAGAAAACUACAAAAUUAACAUCUGUGUGUAUAUGAUACCAUGUAGUAUAAAACUCAAACAGUUUAGUUCAAUGAUAAAUGCUGGAUAUAUUUAAAUGAAGUCACUACUGUUUUAAUUCAUGACAUAUGGAAAAAUCUCAUAUUCAUUCAGAAGGUGCCGUUAGUGAAUUACACAAAGCUUUGAAUGGUUUGUUUAUGCUGUCACAUUUUGUAGGUGGUGGAAAAACUACUUAUAAUAGUGCAUGAUGUAACAGGAAAAGGCAGAAGAAGAGUACAACAAGCUGACAAACUUGCCAUGGAUGUUCCCACAAUACAUGAAUGGGUAUUGCCUUAUAAAGUUUAUGGCUAACAUUUACAAACAAAUGGCCUAUUUAUCCAACCAUGGGUAAAGUUAUCAUCCCAGUGAAGUUACACAGAUGUACGUCUGGUGUUAACUCUCCUUUUAGCUCUGUUUUGAUUUCCAAAAAUUCAAAAAAUGCUAAUGUUGUCUAGUUGCUAUUUUGUGCUUUACAAGAAGGUUUCAGUCAGUUUUCCAGAGCCUUUUCACUAAAAACAGCCAGCGGCUUCUGCUUGAAAUGAAGUUGACAAAAGAGCUGAAGUAUAUGUACGAUGGAUUAAAAUCAAAACAGUUAAUACAAGUGGCUUAAAAGCCACAUAAAGCUGCAGAGUUGGGGGAAGAUUUUCUAUAGGCAUCAUGGGUGACCACUUUCAGGUUAACCUACGUACAUUCAUAGGUGAUAUCAACAGUACAGUUGAAGGACAGCCCUAUUGCUUAAGGUACAAAGACAAGCACAUUGCAUAAUGAUUCAUUUUUUAAAACGAUUGUGCACAAUUUUAUUUUAUUUUAUUUUAUUAUUAAUUUUUUUUAGCAAGGUUAAAGUCCACAUAAUGCCACACACUAAAUAAUACUAUAUGAUUUGAAGGCAUCCAUGUGAAAACUUGUUUAUAUUGUCUAUGUACUGACUUAUCAACAUGACAAUAAUUCUGGAGGUUGGUGUGGAUUUGUUGAGUAAAGCACUGUGGCAGUACUAAUCAACUUUUUUGCUCAUCAUCCGUGGCAAGUGUCUGGCUAUUCCCAACACAUUUCUGUUUUGAUAUAAUUACAGAUAUGAAAGCGAUACAGUAGGACUGCAAACACAGGAUUGUUUUGUGUCUGUAUGAACUUCACGAAUGAGUCAUGUUUGGAAAUUCUUUUUUGUUCAUAUUCCUCUGCCAGCAAAUUGGUUCUGUAACAGACCUAAAGUGAUAUGACAGCCUGGAUUUGUGCGUAAAUUAGCAUUUUUUAUCUUGAAAACAUCAUUGCUGUAUACACUAAAACUGACUUAAAAGCCAUAUACAGUCAUCUUGUAACCUAGUUUCAUCUACAGCGAAGCAACAGGGACAACCACUGACUGAGCAUGUAUGGUGAAAAACAGUGUAAUAGUGUAUCCACCUGUUUUGUGCAAGAUAUGUUUGUUUUACCACUAUCGCUGCCAUGAUUACUAUAUAUUGAUAACAUAUCCAUGCCCCAUAUCAGUGUUCAUAUAUAGAGCUCUGUAGGUUUUUUCCCAUAAAGUGAUUUUUGCUUCACAACAAUAUUUCAUCUUAAUUUAACUUGAUUUCAUUGUUGAAUCAAACUUUGCAUGAACAUGAAAUGAUGAUUUAUUUGAUUUAUUUCUAUUAGUUUUUAUCAAAAAUCCUCUUAAACAUUCCCAACGAAAUGAUUGUUCGCGAGGUGGAUGCUUGGUUCAGUGCAGACUUUCUA